AAAAAAAAUAGUUAUUAUAAGAUUGUACAGUGAAUAAUUACAUAACUAAAUAUUUAUGUAAACACUUGUAUCGCAAUUUGUGAUAUGGAUGCAGAUAUAUUAAAAACAAUAUUAAAAAGUUAUAGUGAUGGAGAAAAUGUUGUUCAAUCUGAGAAUUGCAAAAGUGUAUCAAGAGAAGCUUUGCUAUUCUCACAGUCUGAUACAGUGUUGAGUACUUUGUGUACAUCGCUGAGCAAUCUCUUGUGUUAUAAGGUAUCAAAACAAGUUUAUCAGCGCUAUUCAGUUCGACUGUUGAUAAUUGAUAACCUGCGGAAAUGGUGCAGAAUAACAAGUAAUUUUGAACAUUUAUCAAUAUUUACAUCCAAAGAAAAUAGUUUGAGGUUUGCGAACAUUCUGUUGGAGAAGCAUCUCACAGAUGACAUUUUGAAUGAAUGCUGCUCGGAAGAUGCUUUGAUUUCUCUAACCACUGCUAUAAUGCACCUGUCGUUUGAGAAUUCAUCCUUCGUACAUCACAUGGAUAGAUUACUUAUAAGACUUUCACAAUUAGAAACAAAUAAUAAAAUUGAAAGAUUAUUACAUAAUUCUCUAUGUUCGAAUUUGCAUCUUAAACUAUCUACAAAAGAAGAGAUAUAUAUUGUGCAAAAAUUUAAAUUAAUAGAAAAACCAUUGCUCGACAGUUUUCUAUGCACAUUUUCUGAAUCGAAGAAUGAAAAUUGCAUAGAUAAUCAGAAUAAUGAGCAGACAUUGAAUCAAUUAUUAGAAUUUAGCAUUGAGUCUAUGUGUGUUUUUCAAUUAAUAUUUAAUUUUUUAAAGGAACUGUUUGUUCAGUUGCAUUAUUCUCCUACAGUUCUACAGUUUAUAGAUUUAAUAUUAAAGCGGAUAUCUGUUUGUUGUGAAAGCCAAGAUAAAGAUAUAUUAGAACUUUAUCCCAGAAAGUUACAUUCUUGUAUAAUCUUAUUAAGGAUAAAGCCUGAGCACCAUACAGUGCAGACACGAAAAUAUACAUUACAAGCUAUGAAACAAAUCUGCAAUGAAAAUAAUGAUGUUUUAUUAAUUAUAAUGUCCCAUUUUCCUGAAUGGCUUGAAUAUUAUGCAAAUUAUAUUACGAAUGAUGCACGAAAUUAAUUGUAGAAAAAAUCUGCAAAUUUAUAAAAGUACGUAAUAAUUUUAU